UGAAAACUCUUUUUGAUUGAAUUGAAUUGCAUUGAAUUAGGUUGAAUUGGAUUGGAUUGAAUUGGAUUGAAUUGGAUUGAAGCACAGAAUCACGAGCUCCAACGAGCCGCAUCAAAAAUCAGCCUCGUUUCAGUUCUUGGCCGGUUUCGAUUUCACCGCUUUCCGUUAAACCGCGUGCUUUUAGCGGGUUUUCUUUCUCUUUCUCUCUCUCUGAUUUUUUCUUUCUUUAACCUUUGAUUCUGUCAGGCCCUUAUCUUCCCUUUUUGUUUCUCUGUUCUUUUUUCCCUUUCAUAUCAGAAUUCUCAAACAAGGGAUCCAUUCAGGAAACUACCUCCCAUUUAUUCUUCCUCCUGCCUUAUUUACUUACUCCUUCCGCCAUUAAUUCUCUCAUUAUCUGUUCUUAUUACUAUUCCAUAGUACGAUUUUUCGUAAUUAACUUUAGAGGAGAGAGAAGAAGGAUUGUGGGUGCGGUUUCGGUUUUGGUUUCGGUUUGGGGUUCAAUUCAACCUCAACCCCUUUGAGGCUUUACCCUUAUUGAGUCUAUGGACCAGAUUAAAUCGAGAGCAGAUUCUGAGGCCAAAGGGGAUCAUUCUUCUAAGAGCAGUCAUAAAAGUAACCAGACUGUUGAGAGGUUGGGAAGUCCUCAGCAUCAGAAGAUUUCAGCUAGAUGGGAACCGGAUGAAGCAUGCAGGCCUUUAAUUGAUGAAGCGCCUGUAUUUUAUCCUACUGUUGAGGAAUUUGAAGAUACACUUGGAUACAUAGCUAAGAUUCGUCCUCAAGCAGAAUCUUAUGGUAUAUGCCGGAUUGUCCCUCCAUCUUCUUGGAAUCCACCAUGUGUUCUCAAGGAGAAAUGUAAAUGGGAAAAUGCCAUGUUUUCUACUCGUAUUCAGCAAGUCGAUUUGCUGCAAAACAGGGAGCCCAUGAGAAAGAAAAGUAGAGGCCGGAAACGCAAGCGAAGGAAGCAUUCCAAAGCUGGUACAUCAGCUAGGAUCACCAAUCUUGGUGUAGAAGCAAAUGCUACUUCCGAGUCUGAUGAAAAAUUUGGAUUCAAUUCUGGGUCAGACUUCACACUCAAAGAUUUUCAGGCAUAUGCAGACUAUUUUAAGGAAUGUUAUUUUGGAAUUAACCAGGGCCGAGAGGAUUUAAAUCUUGAUAUUGAAUCUAGCAAGAGACAGGAGCCUUCUGUGGAGGAUAUAGAGGGUGAAUACUGGCGGAUAGUUGAAAAAUCUACCGAUGAGGUUGAGGUUUACUAUGGAGCUGAUAUAGAAUCAGGAACAUUUAGCAGUGGCUUUCCCAAGGCCUCAUCCCUGGUAACUGAAGGAAGAUCAGAUCCGUAUGUAAAGUCAGGUUGGAAUCUUAAUAACCUCCCUCGCUUGCCAGGUUCUGUUCUGUGCUUUGAGGAAAGUGAUAUAUCCGGAGUUCUAGUGCCAUGGCUUUAUGUUGGAAUGUGUUUUUCGUCAUUUUGUUGGCAUGUUGAAGACCACCACCUUUACUCUUUAAACUAUGUGCACUGGGGCGAUCCAAAAGUAUGGUAUGGAGUUCCUGGAAGCCACGCAUCUUCUUUAGAAGCUGCAAUGAAAAAACAUUUGCCUGAUUUAUUUGAGGAACAGCCAGAUUUACUUCAUGAAUUGGUCACUCAAUUAUCUCCUUCAGUACUCAAAUCUGAAGGAGUGCCUGUGUAUCGAGUGAUCCAAAAUUCCAGGGAGUUUGUUCUUACCUUUCCCAGAGCAUAUCAUGCAGGAUUUAAUUGUGGGUUCAACUGUGCUGAGGCUGUGAAUGUGGCACCGGUUGACUGGUUGAUUCAUGGGCAAAAUGCUGUAGAACUUUAUAGUGCGCAGCGACAUAGGACAUCACUUUCACAUGAUAAAUUGUUAUUUGGUUCAGCUCAGGAAGCUGCCAAGGCCCUUUGGGAGAUAUUAGUUCUAGAAAAGAGAACUCCAAUUAAUCUACAUUGGAAAAGUGUGUGUGGAAUAGAUGGAGAUCUUACAAAAGUGAUCAAGACAAGGGUGAAGAUGGAGGAGGAAAGAAUGAGUUGCAUUCCAACUCAUAUGAAGUUGCAAAAGAUGGAAAGUGAGACUGAUUGCAAAAGUGAAAGAGAGUGUUAUGCCUGCUUCUACGACUUAUAUCUAUCUUCAACCUCAUGCAAGUGUUCUCCUGAUCGGUAUUCAUGUCUUAAGCAUGCUAGUAACUUUUGCUCGUGUCCAGUAGGUGAGAGGUGUGUGCUCUUUCGCUAUAGUAUAAAUGAGUUGCACACACUUGUCGGAGCAUUAGAAGGGGGAUUAGAUCCAAUUAAAGAAUGGGCCUCAAGCUACUGUAAAAUGGAGAAGGAUGAUGAGUCUGUAGCUAAGGUGAAGUUGGGCAGCAGACUGAUUGAAAAACCAUCUUGGUCCCCAAAAAUAAUGGAUAAGCUAAAAAGAACAGACGUCCCAUGCAGUUCAUCUAGUCAUGCUUCUUCAGAAGUAGUGCAGUCACAGUCUCAUCGUGGAUCACUUAGCUUAAAUACUUCCCACCAUAGUUCAGAUAGUCAGAAUGACAUUGUGAAUAGUGAAGUCAUGGUGAUAAACAAAUACAAUAAGGUGGGGCAGGAGUGCUGCAUUGAUUUGAACGUUGAUAUAGUUUCUGAUGAGAACGGUAGUUGUGGGCUCCACGAAUCUGAUAGUAAGAUAAUCGUUGAUUUGAAGGAAACUUAUCCUUCAGUGUUUGAAGAAAAGUACAUUUGUAAAGCUGCACAUGAAUCAGAGUUGAUGGAAUUGGAUAUCGAUCGUGUAAACACCCAUCCGGUUAAUUAUUACUCUUCAAGUGUAAAAGAUGGUGUGAGAACGAGCGGAUCUAAUGGUAGCAGGUUGUUUGGAGUUGAUCUUUCACAGUCGCAGUCUGCCUUUUCAUCCAACCAUGCCUCAAAAGUAGAAACUCUAAAACACUUGGAUAAAAGGAUACCAUCUGGGUCAAGUUCUCCUUGCAAAUUGGUUCCUUUUAUUGAACCUAUAAAUAUUGGAACAGUUAUGUUUGGAAAGCCUUGGCACUGCGAGGAGGCCAUAUUUCCCAAAGGUUUUAGAAGCCGAGUUAAAUUCUUUAGUGUGAUUAAUCCAACUAGUAUUGCUACCUACACAUCAGAAGUUCUUGAUGCUGGGCUUCUGGGACCUCUAUUCAAGGUGACCUUGGAAGAAUCCCCUGGUGAAAACUUCACUAAUACCUCAGCAACCAAAUGCUGGGACAUGGUAGUACAGAGAAUAAACCAAGAAAUCGAGAGACAGAACCUUAGAUUGGGAGGAACACUUCCUUUGCAUCUUUUGAAGGAAGUUAAUGGAUUGGAAAUGUUUGGAUUUCUUUCACCUCAUGUUAUUCAGGUGAUUGAGGCUCUUGAUCCUAACCACCGGUGUAGGGAGUAUUGGAACCACCGGCAUCAUGCAGUACCCUCAAAUUCAGGUGACAACACUAACUGCAAAAAUUCUGCUUUAAGAUUAAAUUUCUCUCGGGGCGAAACAAGUGCAACUACUUUUGAUAUCAAUAGGGAAGAGGAUGAAAAUGUCAAUGCAACUAUAGCAGUUGAAGGGCAUCAUCAAAGUGAAGAAUUUCGGUCAGUAUUAAAGGGGCUGUUGAAUAAAGCAAGUCCUGAAGAAUUGAGCGUGCUGCGGAGCAUAUUCUGCACAGAAUUGCAAACAGCUGAAUUGAGAGCAGAAUUUGCAGCACUGAUCAAAGAGAAACAGGAAUAGUGUAGAUAGUUUAGUAAAAUAUAUGUAGGUGUCAUCAUUCUUUUCUAAUUCAAGCUUUAGCUCUUUCUCGGUCAAUUAUCGAGUCUAUUCUCUCUAAUGAUUCCUAGCUUAGACUAUGCGACAAAUUAAAUUAUUCUGCUGUCUGAGAUAUAUGCUAUUCAGCGCCAUCGACAACAACGAUUACGAUAUGAUUGGUGCUGCUCUCAUCGUAGGAGAUUCUGCUAAUUUUGCUGACUUGUGCAAGUGUCUGUCUUAGCGUUGCAUUUACUAGUAGGCAAUUGGUUUACCAGAGUCCAGAGCUUGUGUGUUCUUCUAUCUUGAUUCAAACUCUGAGAGCUGAAUUAUAUCAGGAAUCUGUGACUUAGAUCCCACUCGGUGCUCUGUUAAUGGUAGGAGGAGGAUUGGUAUUGAUGAGAGUCUGGUACCCAUUUUUUGACCAAACUGAGCAAAAAAUUUGCUAGGUGUUGUGUGUAAAUUUGGCCAGUUACUAACAUUUUACCUGAAUCUGUUUCAGUAUACUAAACAUAAUGCUACUUUACCACUAGGGUAUAACCCAAACA